UUAUCCCCUUAUCCUUAAUAUUUCAAAUUCAGACAUUGACCAUAUGUACUUCAUGUUGACCCAUAAUUUAUUAUCCAAUUCGUAGAUGGGAAAUCGUCUGAUGCAGGGAAUUGCUUUUAAUGUCGGCAGGAUGCGAACCAGAAAAAGUUUUCGAACGAUUGUACUUUCUUAAUAACUAAUAACUAAUAAUGAUGCUUUACAAGGCAAUUUUCAUAUGUAUAAUUUAACAAACCGAAAGCUGAAGGCAAAUGGCACCUGGGUUCCUGCCAUUAGUGUACGCAACUAUACAAACGAACAAACGAACAAACGAACAGUGUUCUAGCGAAAAUUAAAAAACAAAAAAAAUGACCCAGAAAUUCUCGAGGGAAGAUUAUGGUUCUUUGGUGUAAGGCAUUGAAUUUGGAGGAGGAUCAAAUUGGAGGAAAUAUUUUAGAGGGAAUUUUGUGGGUUGGUUUGAAUGUGGACAGGAUAUAGAAGAGGCGGAUUGGAUGCCAAAGAUCGAAUUGUAGUUAUUGGACUUCAAAAUGUCACAAAGUUGGCUUGCUAGGAGAUCUGCUUACCUCUCUGCUCUGACGCAGCGGAUUGAGCGGAAGCUUCAGAAGGCUCUAGAUUCUCCAACUCAACGACCUGAUUUAUUGCAAGAAUUAUUCACUGAUGUAGUAUUGGAGGUUGAUUCACGAGCUCAAGCUAUCCUGUUUGAUGAGAAUGAAGAUGUGAUAAAUUCUGCAGAAGAUGGAAUGAGACGCUCUCCAUGCUUCUAUGAAGUGCUUGCUGAACACUAUCUCCAAAUGCCAGAAAAUGGAGAGCCUGUUCUCCGUUUAAUUGUCCAGCUUUGGAGCCAGUCAUUUGCAUCACAAAUAUUUUCUCUUCUUUUUUACAAAUGGCUAUUUGAUUUGGAGCCUGAAAACUUAGAGGUGUCUCUACGAUAUGCAUCAGCUUUUGCUCAGGGGGCCACAAACAUUUUUUGGAUUGAUGUUCAAAGCAACACAACACGCUUUUUCUCUCUCUUCCAUCCCAUAAAAGUAUUGCUUGGCAAAUUCAUAUUUUUGCAGUACAUUUUUGAAGAGGUUGCACUGGUGCCUAGGCGACUGAACAAAAUUCCCAUUCAGGCUCGGAGAAAACUUUUCAUGCCACUUUCAAGAUUUCUAUUCUUCUACGAACCAGCAGAGCGAUUGGAAAUAUUAUUGAAUCACUUUCCUUCUUUUCCAAAUGCUUUCUUAGUUGGGGGUCCGGAAGAUUUUUUUGUCAUUGAGCUAACUGAUCAGCUGCAAAAGUUGAAAGUGGAGCCAGUAUUAUUGAACUACCUGAAAUGUAUGCGAGUGCUUCAGGCAAAGGAGAUAAGGAUGACCACAAGCACAAGGCUCAAAUCAUGCCUUUAUAGCUUCACAUCUCCUGGUGGUCCAAUGUACCCAACAAGGGCUGUUAGACAUGCUGCAUGGGAGACAUUGGACUUACUUUUCCCGGUUGGGCGUUACCCUCGACAUCUGAUCAGCAUAUUUUUUCGUUUACUUCAUCCUUACUACUGGCCUUCGUCUUGCUGGAAUUUUAUCGUCACAUGUGUAAAAGCACUGUUGUGCGCUUUAUGGAUGACUUUGUACAAAUUAUAUGAAAGGGUUUUUGGUAAACAGAUAAACCUGAGAAAUAGAAAAUGAAGAACGGUGUGUAUAUCUUAUUUCAAUAUAAAAAAAUAGUUCCUUGUAUGAAUCCUAUUUAUAAUAUAAAUUCAUUAGCAUUCAAAAAGGAAGGUGAUUGAGAAA